UUUCUAUUUUAAGACUCUUCAUGUGAAAUAUGCCUUACUAAUUUUACACGAGACAAGAAAUAAACUUCGAGAUUUCCCGAAUGUCAGAAAGACAACAACUUCGAUCACAAACCAAAUUACUAUUUGUGGUAAGAUAUAGACGAUAUUUAUUCCAAAUAUUCUUAAUAUAACUUCAUUGUACUAGCACAAAACAAAUGUGACUACAUGUAUUGAAAAAUGUUGUUUCUUCAAAGUUUCGACGAUAAGUUACUUUAAAUUUAUAGUUAGUAUUAAUGGCAAGAGCUGGCCCAGGUUUCUCAAAUAUCUAGCGAAAAUGGCCUUCUAUUAAAUUUGUUCCAAAUAUUCCGGUCAGAUCGGUCCGAAGGCGAAGCGCAAUCGAUUUGUGUUCCAUUCAACAAUUGGAUCGUAUUGACCGUGUUAAUGGGAAGGGCCUUAGCUUCAGCAUGUGAAAUGAUACAUGCAUGCAGGGCCGUACGCAGGAUUUUUCCCCAAGGGGUAAGACCAAUAUGCUGAAAUAAGUACCUAUAUAUAACCAACGAUUAACCGUAAUAUUAUUAUAAAAAUCAUAAGUUGUAUUUUCUCAGGAUGGCAAUUGCUCCUCUCCUCGCUGUGCCUCUGCUGCCCCCCCCCACGCUAUGUAGGAUGGGUACAUGCAGUACCAACCUGGGAAAAGGAAGCCCUGAUAUAUCGUGCAUGGGAAAAGGGGCGACCGCGGCUUCGAUCUGAACUAUUACUGAGUAGUAUUUUCGAGAUGCAGGAUUCUUCCACUAUUUCCAAGUGGUUAGUUGUCCAGACAUUCCCAAUUACAUUAUUCAACAGUGUUUGAUUUCAUAGGUGAUUUACAUGGAAGUUAUGAGGAUUUAAUGAUCAUUUUCGAAAAGGUAAUAAUUGCCGUCAUAUAUUAAUCACUGCACUUAUCAUAAAUAUGGCUCAAAAUGAUUUCAUGAUAGAAAAUAAUGGAUAUUAUGCUGUGCUUCGUUCUUUCCUUCGAUAAAAAAGAAAGACGUUUUAAGAGCUUCAACAUGAACAUAUAAAAUUAUCUUCAUUUAUGCGUUGCAUUCUUCAAAUGUCUAUAACAGAACUUAACUACUUUCGUUUAACGUUAAACCAAUUUCGUUUAACGUGCUUCCUAUUUUUGCUAAUGAUGCAUCCUUUACAAAAACCCUUAAUAUCGACCAAUUGUAUCUUUAUGUUUAUCUCAUGUUUGAACAGGACAAUGAAAUAGUUAUUUUGUCAUGUUUGUUUCUCUAAAAGUGCAAUUCCUAUAUAUAUGACUGAACAGUAAACUUUCAAUGUCAUGUUUGUUCUUGCUGCCAUAAAUCUCAUCUAUUGUUUAUUUUAGAAUAGUGCUCCUUCGUGUGACAAUCCUUACAUAUUUAAUGGAGAUUUGGUUGACCGCGGUCCAUGUUCAAUCGAAAUUAUUCUUGUUAUCUUUGCAUUCUUUCUUCUAUAUCCCAAUCAUGUUUUCAUAAAUAGAGGCAACCAUGAAGAUCAUAUCAUGAACUCAAGGUAAUUCACUCCAUGUGUAUAUAUUACACUGCAUGGAUAAUUAUUUUUCCCAUUCCUUCACUUUUCCCCAUCAGUUAAGGCAUAGUCAAUAGAAUAUGAAGAAGGUUAGGCUACUCCAUGCAGACAUAAUAAACCUCAUUAUCUAUGUUUUUGUCUUGGUUUAUGCGUGUUGGUUUACUUACCCAGUCGUGAUAUUACGCAAUGGUUAAAUGAAAACAUAGCUAUUGAUUGCUCUGGAGAAAAUACAAUAUACACGUGACGAUGAACCGUCCAUUUCUUGCACAAUGAGGUCUAAUUUCCAAACUUUCUUAUGCUAUUGACUAUAGUUAGGGUUUAGAUGUCGGGCCUUCUUGUGCAUCGUCACCAUGUCGCCAUCUUCGUCGUACCCACGUCACCGUGUAUCAUCUCUUGCAUCCAUUCAAUAUAUUCCAAUCUGAUCUUGUUAAUUCCAUCACACCCAUCUCAUCCCUUGUUGUCCUUCCACGUGCUCCAUGCUGUAAAUGUAAAACUUUAUUUCAUGAGAGCAAAAAACACAGUCUGCAUAGACCGAUAAACUAGUGGCCCUCAGUAUUACACUAAACUAUAUAUACGAGUUCUUCUUUACAGACUACUCUUACAGAAUUCUUCCUUGUCUCCUAAGUAAUUUCAAUAUAACAUCUUCCAUUUUAUUAUAUUACAGUAGAUACUUGGGCAUUCCCCAAUAUUCCAGCACCCCUCCCCCCAAAAAAGAAAGAAAAAAUCAAUAAUCCUUUCCGCACUGGCAAAAUCAAUGUCUCUUGCUGUUUGCAUACAUCUUUCAUAAAAAUCACUGAUUUAUGAGCUUCUUCAAAGAAUACAGAAAGCUUUUUUUACAUUACUAAUUGCUAUUGUUAUGGAAUAUGCACAGUGGUUAGUGUGCGUGGCCAUCAGAUUUUGGCCUAAUAUAUCACAAGAAUAAAAUACAUUAAACUAAAUUCUUCUUUUAGGUAUGGAUUCUCCAAAGAGGUCAUAAAAAAGUACAAAGUAAAAUAUCUGAAAUUUUGUGAAUUUGAUCACGCUCAGUUUACAUUACUAUAAUUUAAGAAAAAACCUUAAAAAUUGUUAUUCUAUUACAUUUCCAGAGUCAUGCCAGCAAGAUAAUCAGGGUGGUGGAAGAUGUAUUUUCAUGGCUGACAUUGGCUACUGUUGUUGAUAAUGAGAUUCUUGUUGUACAUGGCGGAGUCUCAGACAUUACUGACCUUCAGUAUGUGGAUAACAUUAACAGACAUAAGGUAUACAAAUGUCUAUAUGAAAUAAGGUUUAAAUUCAGUUAAAAAAAUUAAGCUAGCCAUGUUUAUUUCUGGACUGCAUGUUUUCCCUAGAAGUUUGGUGAGGGGGCAUCUUUCAUCGCCCCAAACUCGGAGAAAACUUGUAGUGUUCCGUAGAAUCAAUCUGGAGGUACUUAGAGUAUAUUGCAGGAAUUAACACACUUUUGGUUAUAUAUUUUUACAGAGACAUAUUAAUAUACACCUUUUAGUUAUUUAUCCUAUAGUAUAUUUAUAUUUUAGUAUACUUCAGUACUAAAGCCAGAUUUUCUUGCAACAAACCGCGACAACAUUGACUACGACGAGUGGAGACAAGUAUGUUUACAAAAUUAAAGUUAUCCUUUUUUAGUUAACUGUUGUUUUUCUUGGAAAUUUACGUGCUAACAUGUAUAUUAUCAGGAUAUCAUACAAUUGUGCGAGUAGGUUUGUUUGUUUGUUUGUUUGUUUGUUUGUUUGUUUGUUUGUUUGUUUGUUUGUUUGUUUGUUUGUUUGUUUGUUUGUUUGUUUGUUUGUUUGUUUGUUUGUUUGUUUGUUUGUUUGUUUGUUUGUUUGUUUGUUUGUUUGUUUGUUUGUUUGUUUGUUUGUUUGUUUGUUUGUUUGUUUGUUUGUUUGUUUGUUUGUUUGUGCCUUAGCCAAUCAGCAACAAAUUUGCGCCGACCCGUAACAAAACGUGCAGGUAUAAUCAGCUUUGCAAUAGGCAAUUCCAGCUUUUAGUUUAUGCGUGCAGGGGAUGAUGGGAAGUAAGGUAUCAUAUUGCUGAUUAAAAAUUUCAAUAAAAACUGCCGAAACAACCGAAAUAUUUAAUAUUUACAAGUAUAAGCUAUCACUCCGUGUUUACAUGGCCACCAUUUUUAUUUUUAAUAUGAUACCUUACUUCCCAUCAUUCCCUGCAUGCAUAAACUAAAAGCUGGAAUUGCCUAUUGCAGCUUUCAUUUGCUUUCCAGGAUUUUCUUAUUAAGAAAAUAGAUAAACUCAAAACCAGGCUUGUAGUAAAUCUGAGAGUAUACGUCUACUUGCGUUGUGUACUUAGAAACAGCCAUCAAUAACACUUGGUUUUCCUAGGUACUGGACUUGUUAUGGAGUGAUCCAUUAUCAAAACCUGGCUGUACAGUGAACUCAUAUCGUGGUGGGGGAUGUUAUUUUGGACCAGAUGUAACAAAGAAAGUACUGGAACGCCAUGGUCUAAAACUCAUUGUUAGAUCACACGAAUGUUGUCUUGAAGGACAUGACUCAACACACGGUGGCAAGGUGAGUAUAUAGAACCACAUUCUGUUAGUUAUCACGUCUGCGAUGCUUGAUGCACCUCUAAUAAACACUCCUCUCCAACAGACGGCUCUCCAUAAUAAAAGCUUUUCUCCAAUAAACGCACUCUUUAAUUAACGCCUCUCUCUAAUAAAGUGAAACGCUUCCUCAUUCGAGAAGAUGUACUGUAAUUUGUUCCUUGGCUAACUCCUAACUCAUUUCUAUUAACUCUUGAAAAGAUGAUCUCAUAUCGAGAACGUAAAAAAUACAUUGUGUGAAUCGAACAUUUGUGUGAAAUCGUGUGUAUAUUGUCUUCGAGGUUCUAAUAUGUAAAUAAACGUCCUUCUUUAAUAAACUUAUCUCUAAUAAACACCCCGAUAUUACGACGGACUGAAAUGAACUAGCUAUUUUUUGCUCUAGGUGCUCACUGUAUUCUCUGCGUCCGACUACUACGAGAAAGGCAGUAAUAAAGGAGCAUACAUGAAAAUUUUACCAAACCUCAAACCAUAUUUUGUUGAGUACACUGGAAUGCAAUGUAUGAAGAAAUUUAACUUUGUUGAACGGUAAGUAGGUACAUAAUUAAUUUAAUGUUUAUCUUACUCGACAUUCGUUUCUUGGUGUAGAAAAUAGCACAAGAGAUUCUGAUCAUACGUCUUCUCGAAAUCCCCAGAUCCCUCCCUCGUCCCACAAAACUUUUUCUGCAUGGAGUUUCCUUGGGCGGAGUUGUCAGAGAGCCGGUAAGAUCUCACCCUCGAAAUGAACCAGAUAACUGGGCUUCCAAAAAACACGCUUUCCUCUCUGAAGAAAGAAGAGAUUUAUUAACUGUGAUUGAAUUCUAACCCAAAUAACAAAUAUAUUCCAUUGUCUUUGAAUCACAAUUACAGCCUACGAUCUUAUUGACAGCAUGGCACAUCAACUAUUUCUCGUAUUGAAAGGCAUAAACAAUAAUUUAUACCCAUGCAGGGCAAUGUCAUUACUCUCUAAUUUUAAACUACUGUAGUGCAUGGUAUACUUUUAUUAAAAGUGUAGUUUAGUUCUAUUUAAUAACAUUGUAAAAUACAGUUUGUAUUAAUAUUCUUAAUGUAAAUCAAUUGUAUUUUUCUUAAGCUUAAGAUGGAUCAAUAAAGUAUUCUUAUUAUUACUGUGUUGUUGCGUUCCUGGUUGGAAGAAAUUCAUACAUUACCUGCGAAUACAUUUCAAUAACAUCGCUCUGCCUCUACAAUUGUUCUUCUUAUUCGCAAAAUGGUGUUCUAAUUUGCACAAAAUCUUGUUUCUUCUUUAUUGCAUGCCAACCGCAUAUCAGGAAAUCCGUUCCCCUUGAUAAAUCAAAAAGCAACCGCAAUGACAUAUUUUACUCUGAACGGAAGUAUACCACUAAACCCACUUUUCCUCACGAAAUCAAACCCAUCGAAUAUAAAUUUAAAUAUUCAAUUUCUAGGAUCAGCAGGGUUGAAGAGUCUGCACUUCGCGAGUUGAGAAAACUGAUAUUUUCACAAAAAGAUUCUCUUCUUCAAGAAUUUAGAAAAUAUGACACUGAACAUACAGGUAAAAUGUUAGUUCUGGUAUGGAAGUUAUGCAUAGGACAAUUCCUAGUGUCUCAAUUGGAUAUCCCUAGUGGUAAGAGCGCUGGUACCAGAGACAUUGGGUUAGAUUCACGGUUGAGACAUUUGGAAAUUAAUUUUCAACAAGUGAUCAUCUCCAUUAGAACACCAAGUUUUAUUAAACAAACAUUACAUUGCAUGAUCUAUACACGUUUGCAAGAAGCUUCCGCUCAAGGUAAAAAAAGACAACCUAAUGUAGCCGCAACAAUGAAGAGUAAACCCUAGUCAUAGCGAAUUAAGCUUUAUGAAAUCAGAGCAAAAAAGUAACAUAUGAAAGUCUCAACACAGAAUAUUCCAUUCAAUAUUCCAUCAAACAAUUUACCAUUGUUUAUCUGCUGCAGGCCUAAUAACAGUUCUGGAAUGGACGAAUGUCAUGGAAAGAGUAUUAGAAAUAUGCCUGCCAUGGAGUAUGAUACGUAAGCAGAUCUCAGUAGGAAUAAAAGAUGGGAAAGUGGAUUAUGAAUCUUGUCUUGAUCAAUACCAGAUCGAGGCCAUGUUUUCCAAGGUAUAUAAGAUACAGGGUGUAAGUGCAACAAGACAGGGAGGUGUUGUCAACAGGAGAAUAUACAUCGAUUUAGUUACUAAAAUAUUAGACGACUACACUGUCACAAGCAGACAAUGUCAUUAAGUGAAAACAGACCAAAAUAUACACGAGGCAAAAGCAGAGCGUUUAUAUAUGAGCGCCCUGGUCAGAAGCUACUGCUGUCGGAGGCAUAGCCAGGUUUUCAGUCGAGGGAGUCCAGAACAAAAAAAACACACAGAAAGGGCGUAUAACCUACUGUGCCUUAGUCCAUCCAUACAUAGUCACUGAAAACUGUUAGAAACGUCCAAGGCAAUAUAUUAAUAGCGUGUCAUAUACGGUUUUUUCUUGGGGGCGGGGAGGGCCGAUUAACUAACAUGGAAGAAUUACACACUAAAUAUUUCGGAUCGAGCUCUCUUGCAACAAGUGAACAAUUUUCCAAGUUGUAACAUUUUAAUUUUUAUGAAUAGAAAGGAAAUUUCAUUGAAGCUUUGUACCGACACAGAAAUACAUUUGAAACUAUCUUCAGAGUUAUGGAUAAGAACAAUUCAGGUAUGAGUAAACUGAUUAAUUAUUAUUUGAUUGCGUCUCUGUCUUGUAAGAUCAGACAUGUUUCGCGGUUGUUCUGGUUUACAUAAAUGCAAGCAAUCCAUGAAAGAACGAUCUAAAUUUUCAACACUCCAGUUUAGAUUAACCAAACAAGAAAUACAAUUUCAGGGUUGAUGAAAAAAAAAACCCGGUCAAUUUCGGACUAAAUCACGUAAUUAAAACACAAUAUAUUUUGUAACAGCAAUCUGCAUGUAUUUGUUGCUUAUGUUUCAGGAAUGGUUUCCCUUGAUGAAUUUGAAGAAUGUUGUCGUAUUUUAUGUGAACACACAAAAUGUAUGUCAGAGCAAGAUGUUCAAGAUCUAGCAAGAACGUUAGAUAUAAAUCAAGAUGGUUUUAUAGAUUUUAAUGAAUUCUUAGAAGCAUUUCGCUUGAGCGAGAACAGUUCUAACAAAAACUAGAACAGUUACACCUUCUAUGAAGGCUUGUAUACUAGUGGACAGCUAAGACGAGCUUGCUCAUGUUAACUGAACAAGCGUAGAUUGUACAUGCCGACGUGUACUGAAUAUUAGUGAGGUUCAGAUUUGACGUCCACUACCGCUACCAUUAUUAGCCAAUCAGAUGCGUUUGAUAUAUUCGAUCAACCAAUCAGAUGUUUACUAAGCCAGUGAGAGGUAGUGCUAGAGGAAGUGGAAGUCAAAUCUGAACCUCUCUAUUAAUAAGACGGACUACGAAAUAAUUUCAAGAUCUGAUAAGCGCCAAAGUUUUUAAUUCACUGACGGAAUAAAAGGUUAAAAGGUCCCAAAACAAUUACUACAAUAUUAGGUAACUCAGGAAAAUUAAAAACACUUUAAACGUACAAUCCCAGCCUUAUUUUGUUGGAAAUACACCAAAGUAAAGCAAAACAAAAAAGCGCGCGAAAAUUUUUGACUGAGCCCACAAUCCCAUGUAAUGAAUACAUGGCCAUUUUGGAUAUAGAUUCAUGUCUCGCUGUUUAUGAGUUAGGGUCAGCGGUUAGGGUUAGGAUUAGCAUUCAUAAAUAGCGAGACAUGAAUCGAUAACCGCUAUUGUUCUGUGCAAUGAAUAUGUUGUAAUAGCUUUAUGCACUAAGGCUUCAGGCUUGGGUUUUUUCCUUUUCAGUUAAUUAUACUGCAUCUUUAAAAUGUCUACAUAAGGACAAUGACAGCUAGAUGGUAUCAAGGGAUGUUCUAGGCUGGAUCGCGUUUACGUCAUUAUCCUAAAGGGGCAUUGAUACUCAUAAUAAUAAAACGAAUACAUACAUGUGGGUUGUAUUUCGAGUUUAUUCGAAUUUAUUUGAAAUAAUUUUAAUUCAAAAUCAACUAGUUGGUUACUAAAAUAAAGUCUGGAUCCAACCAAAAGCCAGCGUUUUUUGCAGUUCAUAUAUCAAAAGAUACAUUCUCUCACGUGAGAAAACUUGACAUGUUUUCUUGUCAGUACAUUCAGGAAUGCGACUACAUUGCUAACGUGGUGAAAUCAACAUUUUUUAAAUGGCGAAUCUGAUUGAUCUACGAGAAAUUGUUCUGAGAUUAGCUAAUAAUAGUUUGACAUUUUAGCAGUAAUAGGCGUAGGAAUGUACUCGCAUUCCCGAAUGUUUUGACACGAAAACAAGACACGUUGUCUCAGGGGAAUGGAAGCAUCCGUUUGGUACUACAAUGGUCAAAAUGCACAUUUCAGUAUUUCUUUCAAUAUUUAUUUUACUUUAAAUUGUCAGCACAUAACGUUCCCGACGAAGGGCCUUCGCUUGAAACGUUGAAUUAGUUUCUAUGUUUUUCACGAAAUUUCAUCCUUCGACGACCUUCGCGAUAGUUAUACAGGGUGUAUCAAAAUAAACGCAAUUCAUCUUUUGUGCUUAAUAACUUUCGAAAUACUAUUUCUAGUUAAACGCUUUUAGGCUUACUUCAAAGCCUGCUCUUUUCUCUUUCAAACAAACUAUUAUCCUUGUCUCCAAUGCUAGUAAUAAUUGCACAGGAAAAGAUUUAGUAAAACCUAUCAUUUUUAGUUGCUGUUUAAUUAUGCAAGUUUACUAUGUUAUUGUUUAGUCGGUUUAAAUGUUAGAAUUUUCUUCUUUAAACUUUAAUGUUGUCGUCACUACAUCUGGAAAACCACGUAAGAACAAAUUAACAGUAUUUUAAAAGAGACCAGGUUGUUUGAAAAUCCUAAACGAAUGCUAAAAAUCGUCAAAACAUUCUGGUGUCUGAGCCAGAGUGUCAUCGAAUUGCGAUGUAAUGUAAACAGAAAUUAUAGCAAGUUGAUGUCAGUCAGCUUAGAUGGUCCAAGCCAAAAUUAUAUCGCAUUUGAAGUUUCAAACUGAGUUAAAAAUAGUGGAAGAAAAGCCGUAAUUAUACUUAUUGUUACAAUCCAUUUAACAAAAUGCAACAUUUUUUUGUUUUAAUGAAAAAAUAAGUUAUUUUCAUGAGAACGAUUUGUUAUUCCAUCUCAAUUUUUUUAAUCUCCAAUCGCAAUAACGUAAAGUAUUAUUAGCCGCGAACCAAUGAGUCAAAUUUAAGAAACAACCCACUGUUAGAAAGCUGAAUGGCUACGCUUUAAAAUGAAUGUAAACUUUAACGUUUUCGUCUAUUAUUUGUUUAGCAAUUUACAUUUCAGUCGAGGAUUGCGCUUUUUUUGAUACACCCUGUAUAACGUAAUGGACCUUUCUCCUUAUCACUAAAAUUUUGAUCUAGACAAGUAUAGACAAAAAUUUCAUCCCAGCUUGAAAGAGCAUCACAAAAUUAGUAAUAUUCCGAAGUUUCGUUGCGAAAUGUUGUAAAAUGCGGAUAAUAUAGCCCUGCGAAAUUUGCAAUUUUCAGUCAUUUUGUAUUACAAACGGGAAAUUGACAGCCCCAACACACGAUUUGGCUGUCAAUUUCCCAUGCGUAUUACAAAAUGACUGAAAAACGGCAAAUUUCCCAAGGCUAUAUUAUCCGCAUUUUACAACAUUUCGCAACGAAACUUUGGAAUAUUACUAAUUUUGUGAUGCUCUUUCAAGCUGUGAUGAAAUUUUUGUCUAGAUCAAAAUUUUAGUUAUAAGGUCCAUUGCGGUGUGUGAUUAUAUUAAGCCCAUUGCAAUCCAAAUCGUUCACAUAAUUUGAAGGCUUGGUUUCCUUUGUUUCAUUCUAUUCUUCAUUAUCAGAGCAGUGUUAACCAGGCAUGGGAGUUAUCCAAAAAUGUCAAGUGGGAAGCAAGAACUAUAUACACUAGCCGAUUAUGUCUAUUCAUACAUAAUAGAGGUUCAUAUUUGACUUCCUCUACCUCUCACAAUCACUACGCAUUUGAUUGGUCAAUCAGGUAGAUUAAACACGUCUGAUUGGUUAAUAGUAGCGGAAGUCAAAUCUGAACCUCUCUAAUGGUUUUUAUAUACCCUUGUACACUUACCAUUCCAGUGAGUGUUAGUCAGUAGCAACUUUAAAAUAUUCGUCCUCAGUUAAAACAGAAUGAUAAAAUAAUAUCCAUGACCACAAUAUCCCAACAGCGCAGUACACGGACGUGAGUAGUAAGGGCAGAAAUGGAAAUUUCAUGGCAAAUCCCAAUGCAUUAUGAAUAAAUAAGUUAUAAAUUUCCAGAACAACUAAUCCAGAGAGAUAAACGUUUUCGUACCAGCGAAGAAGAGGUUGAUUUUCUUUAUUUCUUGACGAAC